CUUUGUCAUGGUUUCUCGUGGUGCAUGCAUGCUGGAGAUCCUUCAAAAAAUACAUGCAGCCACAAUGAUUCAUCCUAGCCGUUCUUUGCGGUUGAAAAUGAAAUUUCCCAUGAACGGGGGAAAGUACAUGCUUAUGCCCCUCAUUGAUGAGCUAGCUAUAACAAAUAUGUGGGGCAUAACUCAGAUGGAGGAUAUGUCGACGAUUGAGAUAUACAUUGAGAAAUCCUGUGACGCUUAUGGUACUCAAUCAACAUCAAAUGUUGUCGUAUCGACACAUGAUGUCAAUGCAAGGGUGAAUGCAGGGAACUCCUCAAAGGCUCCUGUACUGGACAUGGUUAUACAGGAAGAUGGUAGGUAUUUGCACAACGGUGCAUCAUUUGUGGAUGGACAGGGAAGUGAUGAUGAUGCUGACGAGAACAUCAAUGGUGAUGACAUGACAGAAUCUGAUGAAGAUGAUGGUGAUACUGUCACGGAAACUGCCCCGUCUAGCAACUUUACUAGAAUGUAUGAACUCCGUGAAGGCUUUACUGAUGCGUGGAUGAGUGGAUCAGGUGAGAAAAGGUUUACCCCCAAUGGUGAGUUUGAGGUCGGUCAACAGUUUGACAACAAAGAACAAGUCAUCAAUAUGAUGAGCUUGUAUUCUAUCAAACGGAACCAAUUUUAUCGGGUGAUAGAGUCUGAUAAACACAAGUGGGUGGCACAAUGCAAAAGGAAGAAAGAAAGCGAUUGCCCCUGGAGAAUACGUGCCACAAAGAACAAAGGCAACCUUGACACAUUCACAAUUGUGCGUUAUCCUGGACCUCAUUCUUCUACGUGCGUUGGCAACACCGACACUACCGAUCACGUGGCUUUGACUUCAGAUUUCAUCUCUAAAGACAUUGUUGAGCUUCAUUUGCCUGAUAGAGUAUUGCGACAGUUUGGGUUUGAGCAUGUCGUUCCACGGCCUAUCGACACUUAUGUUGAGCUGCAUAGGCUGGAUAGGCGUGGGAAGCAUACAGAGGAUUGGGCACUCAGACAUGUCUGAUACGUGACUAUGUGGGAAAGGAGAGCUGAGCUAGUUGUGGCUGGGACACCGACAUAUGUGCCAUCUGUUUCAGGAGACUACAUGGGAUGGUAUUACAGCAUCACUCGUUUGUUUGUGUCUCCUUCGUUCAGACUCCCUACUCAUCAUUAUAAGCCUAGCUCCUUGGCUUUGCAUCUUACGACACGAGCUUUGCAGCACAUACAUCAGCGGGCUACUGCCACAGUGACUGAUAGUCAUGAUGUGGACAUGUAUGGACAGGCUCUGACAGGCAUUGCGUCCUUGUGUUCAGAUGUGUUGGGGCGAGUCGACUACGGCCAUCUUAUACACAUGCCCCCAUCUCAGGAGAUGUCAUCCACGUCUAGUGCAGCGGCGACUUCAUCAUCCCAGACGCAGCAUGAGAGAGUGGUUCUUCAACCACGACAGCGGCGUAGGCGUAGACAUGAGCAGCAACAUCUCCAUGACGAAGCUGCCGAUGGGAAC